AUGGAGGGAAUCAAGAGCGAGGGCAUGAGGGAUUCUCACGCAUUCUUUAUCGAGACGUCUUCGAGUAUCGCCGAGAUAAUCAGCACGGAUAGCAGUAAAGAAAACAGGAGUGUAGUGAGACGCUUACAUUACGCUUGUGACGUUUGCUCGUUUCCAUGCCGGACAAAGGGAAAUUUAAGAAAGCACAUGCAGCUUCACAAGAACACGUGUAAAGUCUGUAACGAGCUGUUCGUCUCAUCGGAGAAGCUAGAACUUCACAUGGUUGUGCAGCACGGCGAGCCGAAGUACACCUGCAAACUGUGCUACACUGUGAUAUGGAACAAAUCGGACAUGAAGAAGCACUUCCUCGUGACCCACUUAGACCCUUUCUGCAACACGUGCAACGCAUGCAAUAAGGUGUUCCAAUCGAAGUACGCUAUAGAAAGGCACAUGUACAGUCAACACACGAAGCUCUCGGUGGCGUGCACCAUCUGCAGACGCGUCUAUAACAGUUACCACGCGUUGAAAGCGCAUACCAAGCUAAUUCACUUGAAGACUGGUUACCAGUGCGAGAUAUGCAAGCGACGUCUCCUCUCCGUGGACUCUUUGGAAGCGCACCUACGACGGCACGAAGGCUCGCGAAACCUGGACAGUUAUAUCUGUACAACAUGCGGAGAGACUUUUCUCACUAAGAAUAAUCUGAACAAACAUGUGAUCAUUCACGGUGAGAGCAAUCCUUACGUAUGUCCGGUAUGCCAGAAAGCCUUCGAAAAACGGGCGAAUCAAGUGCAACAUAUUUUGACGCAUAUGAGUAACGUUUACGAGUGCGACAUAUGUGGACUGAGAUAUUCACGAAGGGCUGCCUUGAUAUGGCACAGGAAAAUGCAUCCUGGGCCGCUCGGGAAAUUACCGGUUAUACCCGUCAUAGGCAUUGUGAGCGAAUUCGUUAAGAAUUACAUUAGCAAAACAAAAAAUUUACCGAACACUUAA